UUCACUAAUAGGGAUUGAAGAAUCGAUCGCGAAUAAUCCGGCUAAUUCCCGUGCGAAAAUGCUGUUUUUUGCCGUCCAAAGCUUAUGUAUAUUGUACUUUUAAUUUUCAAUGGUAAUUCAAAUCUCUUUCAUUGUGAAGGUGAAGAUAAAUCCCGACGGACUUCUCGCACAGAGUCUGAAGAAAUAGGAAAACUGGAAUGAUAAGUGAAAGUGACUUCUGAUCAUCGAUGACCAUGCAGCAGCUACUCCUAACGGUAUUGGUAUUCUUAACCAUGACGGAACACCAUUUGCCAGAAAGUUUGGAAAUAAAACGAUACUUGGUUAACGAAUAUGAAGAUGAACAAAAACACUUGGAGCACCCGAUGCUAAGACGACUCGUACAUUUAGCAAACACUAAACGACUUUCUGACCCAGCAAGAGGAUCUCCGUUAGCGAUAGACCUUAUGAUCGCUCUUGACAGUAGAGCUUUACAACAGGGACGACAUCAAUUCGAACUGCAAAAGAAAAUCGCAUCGUUAGUCGUAAGUGAGUUUAGCAUCUCACCAUCAGGGACAAGAGUGAGCUUGGUCUCGUUCUUUCGCCGUCCACAGACAUUUUUUGACUUCAGCAAAUUUUUGAAUAAGGAGUGCACGAUCCGAGCGAUUAAUAAUAUUAGGCCAGCAAGUGGACUUUAUUCCAGUUCURAACUCGAGAAUGCUUUCAGUGAAACUACUGAAGGCUGGAGAAAAGAUGCUUUGAAGAUCUUACUCCUCUUUGUCAGCGAACACCAGGGUCUUGGCUCAAAGGUUCAUGACUUUGUGGCGCGUUAUUUGGAAGAUACGGAGGUGUUUGUGAUGGCAGUUGGUGCAAGAGUAGGGCUUGAUAGUCCUUUGAUUAGAUUUGCAAGCAAGCCCCGUUAUUCGCACUUUAUUACUGCUAAAAGCUACUAUACAAUGAUGAAAAAACUCUCAGCUAUAAAGCAUAAAGGAGUAAAUAAACGAUGUAAAAGACAGUUUACCUACGACGAAUGUGCACGUCGGUGCGUCUGUAAAGAUGGAGAAUUGAGCCACUGCUAUCGGAUACGUAAAGAAUUUACCAUAAUGCCUUUCGAAGAACGUGUGCGGUAUGUUCAAACCAUUAAACAGGCCAACCUUGACACAAAAUAUAGAGACGAAUUUUCACGAUUAUCAAAUAUUCACACGGAACAAUUCUUUCAUGGAAUUCAUAACGUUAGCUUCUUUCUCCCGUGGCAUCGAUGGUAUUUGUACGAGUUUGAAAACUUUCUUCGUCAAAUUGACUGCAGAGUCACGAUCCCUUAUUGGGACUGGGCACGAGCUGCUGAGACCAUUUGGCGGGAAAACCACGCACGCGAUAUCUGGAACCCAGGUCCUCACGGUCUUGGCGGAAACGGAAGGCGGGAAGUAGAUGAUUGCGUGACGGAAGGACCAUUUCGAGAGGGUCACUGGUAUCAGAGCAAAAGAAGUGGUUCUGGCUGUUUAAAAAGAAGAUUCCAAUACGACAAGCAGCCACGGGAUAAAACAGCUAUCAGAAAGACUAUUGCUUCGAGGUUCAGUGAUUUUGAACAAAAUGUACGCAAGGUCUUCCACAAUGAACUUCAUUGUUUAAUUGGGGGUACGAUGGGUGGUAAAUCUUCGUCGCAGUCCCCCGAGUUCUGGUUACAUCACGCAUUUCUGGACAAGAUCUGGGUGCAUUAUCAAGAGCGCGGUGAUAAAGAAAGGAAUGAAUAUUACCCUCAAGUAAAGGACCAUCUCCCUGGCUGUCCAUCCAAGUGGCGUCCAGGAGAUUUCGUACAUGAAACAAACUUACCCGGUUGUGUGGGAAUCUCGUACGAAGAGAUUCAGGAUCUCCAAGAAGUUCGGACUGAAGAAAAAAUCAAAGCGUCUUACGAUGAAACAUUUAGGUAUAAAGAUCUGGUAUGCUACGAGGAUAGAGAAGAUUAAAGCUACUGACUAUUUAGAUAGAAUUGGCAAAUAACUAGGAAAUAAAUUGUUUUCAACCAUCGAUUAAUUAACUGAUUAAAAUGGAACACAAGUAAUAAUGGUGCCAUGUACAAGAACGUAUUCUCGACUUUCACAUCCCCAUAAUGCCUUGC